ACCAAGAAGAGAUUUGCUUCAUCGUUUCUUCCGUUGUUGUUUUACUUACUUUACCUCGCUGUCCAGACAACAGGAGUUUGAAAGAAAUACCGAGAGCGUGGUGCCGCUCUUCUCCAUAACGUAUUUCUUGACGAUAACCUUUGCAAUUGUCUCUUGCCUAAGGCUGAGCUGCAUAAGAAAUAAUGUCUGGCUUGCAAGCUGUGGAGUGGUUUCUGCUGGCUUAGCUGUAUUAAGCAGCUUUGGAUUGAUGCUCUUCUGUGGAGUGCCAUUUGUGGUCACUGUAACAAAUGCUCCGUUCCUGAUUCUGGGAGUUGGUGUUGAUGACAUGUUCAUCAUGAUCGCUUCCUGGGAACAAAUCUCAAGGAAAAAAGAGAAAUCCAACGUUCAGUCUCUGUUGGCUGAGACUUAUGCGGAGGCAGCACUUUCUGUGACCAUCACCACUCUCACAGAUGUUUUGGCCUUCUUCAUUGGCACCUGGACUGCUUUUCCAUCUGUGAGAUCUUUUUGCCUCUAUACGGGCACUGCUUUUGUCUUCUGCUAUGUAUAUACCAUGACCUUCUUUGGGGCAGUUCUUGUAUUAAAUCACAAAAGGGAGCAAGGAAACCGACACUGGCUAACUUGUACGCGUGUGAGAGUAGGUGAAGAUCAGGCUGAGAACUCCUGCUUGUACAACGUUUGCUGUAUCGGCAGCUGUUCUGGGCAGUCAUCUCAACCAGCAGAUGAACAUCCAAUGAGCAUAUUCUUUAAAAAGUAUUAUGGCCCUUUCUUGACAAAUACCUGGGUUAAGCUACUCGUGGUGUUGCUCUAUGGAGCAUACUUGGGUGGGAGUGUUUAUGGAUGUACUCAGAUCAGGGAAGGCAUUGAUCUUCGAAAUCUGGCAAAUGAUGACUCUUAUGUUGUUCCAUACUAUGAUGAUGAUGAGAAAUACUUCUCAGAAUAUGGACCCAGGGUCAUGGUUGUCAUUACUGAAAGUGUAGAUUACUGGAAUAAGACAGUUCGUCGUGACAUUGAGAGCUGUGCAGAGAAUUUAGAGAAUAUUUCCUAUGUAGAUGAGAACUACUCAGAGUCAUGGCUGAGAGCAUACACACAACUUGCCGAAAAUGUUCCAAUAAAUAUAGACAGUAAGACUGACUUCUUCAGUAACUUGUCUGCACUGUUCAGCAUGGCUCCCAGUUUUGAGUGGGACAUAAACAAGACUCAGGAUGAAAUAGAAGCUUCACGUUUCUUCAUCCAGACGGUGAACGUGACCUCAGCCGUUGAUGAGAAGAAUCUCCUCAAUCAGUUGAGAGAGAGAGCCAAGCAGUGCAGUAUUCCACUGAUGGUGUAUCACCCAGCAUUCAUCUACUACGACCAGUACCUGGUAAUAGUGCAGAACACGGUCCAGAACGUUGCCGUUGCUGCUGGGGCGAUGCUCGUUGUCUCCCUUCUGCUCAUUCCCAACCCGUUAUGUUGCUUGUGGGUGACUUUUGCUAUAGCUUCUGUUAUAGUGGGUGUUGCUGGUUUCAUGGCAUUUUGGAAUGUCAAUCUUGAUUCCAUAUCCAUGAUCAACCUGGUCAUUUGUAUAGGGUUUUCAGUGGAUUUUUCUGCUCAUAUUUCCUAUGCCUUUGUUACGAGUGGAGAGUCAUCAGCCAAUAAAAGGGCAGUCAAAGCUCUCUCCGUGCUAGGUUACCCAGUAUUACAAGGUGCAUUUUCUACUAUAUUAGGAGUAGUUGUCCUGGCUGCAGCAAAAGCCUACAUCUUUAGGACCUUUUUCAAGAUCAUGUUCCUUGUCAUUUUGUUUGGAUCUCUUCAUGGUCUUGUUUUUAUUCCAGUGUUUUUAACAUUUUUUGGAAACCUUGGUGGAUCACCUCACAAUACCAAAUCUAAAAAGCUAGAGCUUAGCUUGAGAAAUUAUAAAGAUUCUUCGUGA